AUGGGCUGUGCGACGAAGAACGCGAAAGUGGUCGCCAUCUCGCUCGGCUCGCUGCAGCGGCUCAUAGGCAUGAAGGCCGUCCCCCCAUCCGCGGUCCCCCUCAUCAUCAGCACCGCGGCGGACGCGAUGAGCCAGGGCGUCGACAUCCAGCUGCGCAUCCUGCAGACCAUCCUCUCCCUCAUCACGAACUUCCCCGAGAUACACGGGCAGCAGCUCGCGGACGCGCUGCUCGUGUGCUUCCGCCUGCACGAGUCGCGCAUCGCGGUCGUGUCGUCGACGGCGGCGGCGACGCUGCGGCAGCUCGUGAUGUUCGUCGUGGACAAGAUGGCGGGCGAGUCGGAGACGGAGGCGCUGGCGGACGUGCAGCUGCCGGAUGGGUCGAGCAAGGCGCUGCCGCCCUCCGCGCGCGACGCGUUCGCGGUGUUCGAGGACCUGUGCCUGCUCGCGAACUCGGAGAGGCCGCACUUUCUGCAGCUGGACUACCUGCACAAGACCUUCGCUCUCGAGCUCAUCGAGAGCGUGCUCACGAACUACCACGCCCUGUUCCGCCAGCACCCCGAACUCACGCUCCUGCUGCGCCACCACCUGUGCCCCCUCCUCAUCAAGGCGCUCUCGGACCGGCCCCAGUUCGCGCUCACGCUACGCUGCACGCGCGUCGUCUUCCUCCUUCUCAAACAGUUCCACGCAGAGCUGCAGACCGAGGCCGAGGUGUUCCUCGUCAUGCUCAUCAAGAUAAUCACAGAGGACACCGAGUCGGAGCCGGCCGAGCACCCUCCCCGCCCCCACUGGAUGCGUGUCAUCGCGAUGGAGAUCAUGCGAGGACUCUGCAGCGAUGCCGAGCUUGUGCGUGGCAUCUACGACCGCUACGAUGCGCAGGAGGCGGAGAAUUCCAACGUAUAUGCCUCCUUGGUUACUGCGCUCAACCGCUUGCUGUCGGAGAAGCCGUCCUUGCUAGGCGUCGGAACACAGAUGUAUGGCGUGGGCGUACCCGCGGAGGGCACGAGCUCAUCGUACAGCCUGGAGUCUGUCAGCGGCAUGACGGGAAUGGUGGCUAACGCAGCGAGCGCCACCGUAUCGGGUGUCGUGAACAUGCUGGGCGCGUCGGGCGGGUUGAGCAUGCAGAACUCUACUUUGAAGCUGCAGUGUAUCGACCAGCUCGACAAGGCGGAAGCACCUCCAAUCCCUGAGUCCUACAUCUACCUUCUUGGCUUACAGUGUUUGGUCUCCCUCUGUGAAGGCUUCGCUGCUUACACUGGACCGCUCUACACUGCUCUCGUCAUUCAGCGACCUCGCGCAGCCGGAGACGCAGUCAUCCGUGCACCGCCUGCAUUGGACUUAGACACGCUACCGCCGGACGAGCCCUCAACGAAGCAACUCAAUAUCGUCAAGCGCUGCAUCGGCGACGGCUGGCCAGCUCUCCUAGCUGGUCUAUCCUUCAUCAUCUCCACCAACCUCUCCGACGAGCUCUUCGCUGAUGUGCUCGCUGCUUUUCAGGCCCUCACCAACGCGGCGGGUAUGCUUGGUCUGGCGACGCCGCGAGAUGCCCUUUUCACCAGCCUUGCGCGCUUUGCGGUGCCCACGCGCGUUGUCUCCGCGGUCGACCAGGCAGAUACGCAGGGUCCGCAACCAGGACUCAGCGAGCGCAACAUGGCCUGCCUCAAGGUCCUCGUCGGCUGCGCCAUGUUCCUCGCCGGCAGCCUCGGCGCCAGCUGGUUCGGCGUGCUCGAGGUCCUGCAGAACGCGGACUACGUCCUCUCCGCGCGCCGCCGCACCGCGCCGAGCAUCCCCUCCACGCCGAUCACGAGCACGCAGCCGACCUUCACGAGCUCGCAGCCGACGUUCACGCCGCGGCCGCCGAUCCUGGCGGAUGUGGACCCGGAGACGCUGCUGAAUGCGAUCCAGAGGCUGUUUGAUGCGUCGAAGAAUUUGGAGGAUGGGGCGUUUACGCAGUUUUUGAAUGCGCUGUGCAAGUUGAGCGCGGAGAUGGUGGCGAUGCAGGCGGGGGAGCAGGCGUCGUUGGAGUCGAUGUCGCCUAAGUCGGAGGUGCCGCCGACACCGAGGACGCCGCGGAUGGAUAGGCGGCGCGUCAGUGGGAUACAUUUGCCUCGUACUUUGAAAGCUGGCGACUUCGGUCUCACAAAGCUCGGCGGUGUGCUCCUAAUGAACAUGCACCGGCUCAUCUACAGGUCUCCGGACGUCGCUUGGGAGACGGCAACCUCACAUUUGCUCAUGAUCAUCCGCUUGACGUCCGCACCGCAAACCAUCCGUGUGCAGGCAGCGCGCGUGCUGGACGAUGUGCUCGUACGGGUACCGCGCAAUGUUUCCUCAGCGGGAGAGCUACAGGCUGCCGUGCAAGGUCGUGUCUUUACUGUACUAUCGCAGCAGGUCAUUCCUGCCGAGGGCACGCCGUGGUCAACUUCCGAGCUAGAGCUGCGUCGCUUGGGCCUCGAGACGCUGCACCAGAUCCUGCAGUCCUCAGGGCACACCCUCGUCGUCGGCUGGGAGGUCAUCUUUGAGAUGCUCAGCAGCGUGUGCGCACCGCCUACCUACGCCGCGCCUGGCGCCCCGGACAAACUCGUCAAGAUCGCGUUCCAGUCGCUGACCCUUGUCAUCGACGCUGUCGCUGGUCUCGCGCCGGAGCAUUUACGUCUGUGCAUCGGCACCCUCGGCCAGUUUGGUCGACAGGCUGACACGAAUGUCGCACUGACCGCUGCGGCGAGCCUCAUGUGGAGCGUGUCGGACGCGAUCCAAGCGAAGCGCAAGAAUGCGGAGAGCGAGCGCGAGUACAGUGCGCUGUGGAUGGUCUUGCUGCGCGAGCUGCUUGGGCUGGGCUCGGACUCGCGUCCGGAAGUGCGCGACGGGGCGAUUCAGACGCUCUUCCGCGCAAUGUUGCUCUACGGCGCGACGCUCGGGUCGGAGACGUGGUCGCAGUGUAUCUGGGACGUGGUCUUCCCGCUGCUCGAGCAGCUCACGGCGGAGAUGCGCGCGAAUCAAGCGCGGAUCAGCAUGGCCGAGGAAGGCGACGAGCAGGAGGAGAUCCUAGCGGCGAAGGGCGCCUGGGACGAGUCGAAGACGCUUGCGUUGCAGUCCUUGGGAACUAUCUUCCGCGACUUCCUCGUUUCCCAUCUCAUGCAGCUGGAGACGUUUGAGAAGGCAUGGGACGCGUUCGUGGAGCAUGUGGUGGAGACGGUGCUGCUGGACGAUCGGUCGAUCACGGUCCCUGCCCUCCAAUGCCUGAAACUGGGAGUACAGGCCGCUGCAUCUGCGGGGACGGGCGAGGAGGUGCGCGAGCGGGUGGAGGUGGUGUGGACGCGGACCUGGGCAACGAUCGACAGGAUGGGAGACGCUGUGCUGAAGCGAGUGUCGAUUGAUCCUGAGGACGUCAUGCCGUAUGCGCCGUUCACCCAGAGCAGCUUGGUAGCGCUGGUGGAAUUGGUAGGUAGCGUACGGGCGCUGAGUAAGACGCUUGAUGAGGCAGAAUGGCCUUUGGAGCGCCUCUCGCGGCUCAUGGCUAUCCUCAAAGGGAUCAUGACCUACCCUAGCUCGCCCGACUACAGACCAGACGCGGACAACUUGACGCCGGUCCAGGCGGCAGUCAUGGACGCCGUGAUGUCGAUCGACCUUGCGGGGCCUGGCGUAGCUUCGCGAGUCAUGUAUGACCUUUCGGAGUUCGCUCUUCUGGCCUUCCUCGCGGCCUUCGACGUCCCACCACCGCCGAAGACUUUUACUGCCAAGGGCGCUGCCGUACCGACCAGCUCGACGAAGUGUAUCACGUACAUCGCACUCACCAAGCGAACUAUGCCCUUGUUGGUCGAUCUCUUCCUGCGGUUCAAGGACCAGCCUGUCAUCUACACGGACGGCACAUUGGACGCUGUUCUGUCGGCAUACGCAAUCCCAAUGAAGCUCAAGUACGACUGCCCACCUUCCUCCAAGUUUGCGAAGGACGAGCCGUUGUGGAAAACAGCCACAACGAGCUUCUUGCGUAUCGUGAAGGAGGUCGGACCGCAGAUGAAGGCGCACCUAGAGGACAUUGGCGCAGAGCAUGUUGAGGGCAUCUGGCGCCAGGUCCUUGACGUGUUCCGCGGAGCAAUACUCGCGGACUGCUCGCCUGCUGAAGAGCUGCCACUGGACGAGCAGGAGGCCGAAGAGAACUUCGACCUGUCUCUGAUUGCUGCCCUCGAGAUCGACGUGGUGCCGUACAUAGGCGAAGCCUGUGUCCCAGACCACCUUGUCGCGCAGCUGGCGAAGAUCCUGCUUCGCGGCAGCAACUUAUGGGAGGUGGGCUCGCACGCAAGACGUAGUGGUGGCGCAUCGCCUGUCAGUGCGAAGGAGCCUCCGUCUCCUGACUACGUCAAGGUCGAGUGGGACGUCCCGGGCAGCACAGAGCAUGGUGUCACCGUACCAAGAGAACGAUUUUCGUAUUGGUGCUUCGAUCUAUUGUUCUUGAUUUGUUCCAGCGUGACGAAUGACAACGAAAGCUCACGACGUCGAUUAGCUGCGCUUUCUUUGCCGUCGCUUCUCGACCGGUGUAGGCGAGCUAUGGUCACCUUCGUCGCUGAUGAAGCUUUGCGUGGGGGUCUGCCGUUCUCCAGAGUUCGCGAGGAGGAACUCAUUUACGUGUUGCGCAAGCUCUUAGAGCUACGUCUGUACACCGGCUCCCUCUGGGCAGCUACAUCGGACGAUCCAGGACGGUAUUGCGUGACGCAGCCAGAUAUCGAUACGACACAACCACACUCCAAACUGCUGGCUGACGUAGCGAAGCGUUCGCCAAAAGCACAUCUCUUCCACCUGUACCCAGUGCUUUGCGAAUUGGCCACGUCCCCUCGUGCCCCACCGACCACUUGGGCUAGUCCAGGUGCAAGGAGCGAAUCCGGCGCCGCUGAGCAGCAUGACGCUCGCACUCUGGCACGACAAUGCUUGAAGGAGGUGGGGAGCGAACUUGGGAGCCAAUAA